AUGAGUCUCGCAGGCAAUGAGAGCCCGCCAAUGCCAACUUGGCUCAUCGUUUUCUUCAGCAACAUGUUCUUUGGAUGCGCAGGCUUCUCGAUUGUCUUGCCCACACUGUGGCCAUACCUACGACAGAUGAAUGCCUCCGCGGAAUUUCUAGCCGCAGUCGUGGCAGCCUACAGCAUCGGCGAGGGAUUGGGAGGAUGGACGAGCGGCUGGCUCUACCAUCGACAUCCCGAGCAUCCAAAGACCCUCCUGCUGGGAGGAAUGUCAUUGGGCUUGAUGGCUGCACUUUUCUAUGUGGUGGCACCGGUCUUUGGGACGGCAGCUGCCUAUGUUGUCCUGGUGGCCCGCUUCUUUUCUGGCGUCGACAACGGAAUUCGCCAGACGAUCGAGCAGACCUUCAUCGGAAGCAAAAUUCCUGUGCAGCACCAAACAUCUUGCUCAUCGCGGCUAUCAAGCUGUGGAAUCACAGGCAUCAUGAUGGGGCCCGCGCUGGGUGCACCAUUGCAAGCUGUCGAUUGGAAGCUGCUGGGCUUCACCGUGGAUGGAAACAAUGGUCCCGGAGUAGUGCUACUCCUAGUAUGCAUCAUGAACAUGCUCAUGUCAUGGCGAUUCUUCAAUGUCGAGCCAGGCAAAUCCAGUCAGCCAACGCUUCAAGCUUCAGAGUCACAACGCCGAAAGUUGGGCCAGCCACCGAACAAGCGUGGACUGUUGGUUUGCUACAUGAUCUUCUUCGGUGCGAACCUGAACAUGGCUAGUCUGGAGACCAUUACUCCGGUUCUGGCGCAGAGGCUUUAUGGGUGGGGCCCGUGCUUGAACCCAGCCGAGUGCCCUUUCGAGGCCAAGCAGAUCUACGUCAACCUACUGCUCAGCUGCGGCGGUGUUCUGAGCCUCGCCAUGGCCGCAUUGAUGUCAUUCUGCCUGGGUCCAUACAUAUAUCGAAACGAAGUCGUCGCCAUCACCAUAAGCCACGCUGUGUCAGUGAUGGUGAACCUUGGCAACAUGGACCUUGGCGGCUACCUGCCUGCUGGCCGCUUUGUGGUGGACUACUUGCUCGGUGCAUUUUUCGGAGGCCUCGCACGUGGACCCGGAAUAGCGCUGAUGACGCAGAUCAUUGGUCCUCAUCCCAAAGCGGCCUACAUGGGCUUGCUCUUUGCGAUCGGUGCUGUUCCGCGAAUCAUCGGGCCUUUCCUUUUCGUGGAGCUUCUGCAGCUGCCAUCGCCCUCUCGUGCAGCAGAUUUUGCCUUUGUCUACCAGGGUCCCAUUCCACGCACUUGGCUGCUCUACGGCUGUCAGAUGGCCGUCUUUCUAACCAUCUUCCUUAGCGUCCAGAUCUUCAGGAGAGAUCUGAGACCGCACCCCAUGUAUGGUGAUCGCGCAUCUUCUGGCGAUUUGAGCGAGCCGCUCAUGGCGCAAGACUGUUCCCCAGUGACGUGUACGGAUGUCGUUCCCAACACACCUUCGCUGGUGAGAGAGGGCAUCGCCAGCUUCGAGGAUUUGACUAGGAAUGUGAGCUCUCGCAGCAUGGUUGGUGGAGCUGUCUGA